GAAGACUUUCUGCUCUCAUCAUCAAAUUUAGUUGACUUCGAUGUCAAAAAAGUCCUUGAAAAUCAAGAUUUUGGCAGAUAUAUAAGAAAUGAAAUGGGUGCUUAACGUGAAUAGUUGCUUCUUCCAUAAUUAAAACUACAAGUCGCUGUUGCUGCUGCCUCUGGCAAUAUGAGAUGGGGGAUUAAAUGCCAGAGGUGCAGGGUUCAAUUGCCCUGCAUCUCCAAGUGGGUUUUUAAUUUUACCCUUUUUAACGUAUUAUCAGCUGUAUUUAAAUUCUCAGUACGACCCACAAUCGAAGUUCGUUGCAGAGCCUGGAAAGCCUCCGUUAUUCUCUAAUAUAUAUCGUUAAACGGAACAUCCUUCCCGCCAUUUUCACCGGGGGUUUUCUUGACAUUAGGAGCAAUGUCCGUUCCUCUCUUCAACCUUGCUCCUAAUUUGACAGUUUCAAGACUCUGUUUAGGAACAAUGACUUUUGGGGAGCAAAACUCUCUUCCUCAGACAUUACGUCUUCUAGACCAAGCUUUUGACGCCGGAAUCAACUUCUUCGACUCCGCCGAAAUGUACCCAGUUCCUCAGCGUGCUGAGACUCAAGGGAAAAGUGAAGAAUACUUUGGCCAGUGGGUUAGAAAGAGGAAAAUAUCCCGUGACCGUGUUGUCAUUGCUACCAAGGUUGCUGGGCCAUCUGGGCAAAUGAGUUGGAUUAGAGAUGGACCAAAGUGUUUAGAUGCCAAGAAUAUUACUGAGGCAGUAGAUGGCAGUUUAAAGCGUCUGCAGAUGGACCACAUUGAUCUCUAUCAAAUCCACUGGCCUGACCGCUAUGUUCCCAUGUUUGGAGAAACCGAGUAUGAUCCAGUCCGACAAUUCUCAUCUGUCCCAAUUGAGGAGCAACUUGAUGCUCUUGGCAGAGCUGUUGAUGCUGGUAAGAUCAGAUAUAUUGGACUCAGUAACGAAACGCCAUAUGGUGUCAUGAAGUUCCUUCAGUUUGCAGAAAACAAUGUUCGCUACCCUAAGAUUAUAAGCGUGCAGGUUAAUUCAUAUAGCUUGCUCUGCCGAACUUUUGAUUCUGGAAUGGCUGAGUGCUGUCAUCAUGAGAGGAUCUACUUGUUGGGCUACAGUCCACUUGCAAUGGGCAUACUUUCAGGGAAGUAUUUUGCUUCAGAUGGUGCUCCUUCCGAUGCUCGGUUAAAUCUUUUCAAAGGAGUACCUUGGUAUUGCAGAAAAAUAUGGUCUUCAUCCUGUAUCACUUGCAAUCGGUAUGUAGUUGCUACACAUGCAUGCACAUGUCGACGUUUGCUCUCUAUUGGCCAAGUAAUUAUGUCCAUCGAAUUACAUGUAUCCAUUUGUCGGCAGGAGCUCGCUAGGAUCACAUACUCUGAAAUUAGCCUUUGUUUUGAAUCAUCCUCUGGUGGCAAGUACUGUGUUUGGGGUGACCAAACCAUGGCAGCUUGAGGAAGUCAUCAGUGCAUGCAAUGUUGAGCUAACAUCUGAGAUAAUUGCAGACAUUAACAAAGUUCAUGCAAAGUUUCCAAAUCCAUGUCCCUGAUCAAUAUAUACAUGUUUAUAUUUCUUUCUGAUUUUGAAGGUUCUGAAAUUAGGUAGAAUGACAGACGCACUUUUCAUAUGUAAAACACUCUUCCAGGAGACACUAUAUAAAUGGCAAGUUUUGAAAUAUAGGUUACAGUAUAUUUUUGGCA